AAGCCAGUGAUACAACGGAACGUCAUUCGCACCCCUGAACAGUGAACAACAAGCAAAAACAUGGGAUCUGGGCCAAGCACGCCACCAAAGAAACAAAUAGUUAACAAGUUCCAUGACGUCACGCAGGACAAGGUCAGAGAGGCCAAGGAAAGGCAGAUACAAAAACAAGAGAGGCAGAAGAAGGAAAAAGAAGAGCGUUGCAAACGACUAAAACAAGACAGGAACAAGAAGAGACAGGAACUACGAAAUUAUCGAUUCGGGAAUAUUCACGGGCAACACUACUUUGCCGGACUGGACAUCCGCGACAUGCAAGAAGGAGGUCUGAGGAUCGGGCUGUUUGGGCCUGCAGGAUCAGGAAAAAGCAGUUUCAUCAACACGUGUGAAAGAGCCAUGAAGCAGGGCCUCCGCAGAGGAAACGCCGACAUCCAAACAGCAUAUGGGGAGGGCACUAUCGUCUUGCAAGAAUACUUGGACGACAUUGACAAUGACUUUUGUCUUGUCGACACGCGAGGAUUCUUCCAACACAACAUUGACGAGCUCACAGCGCUGGCCGACAUCGUCCACGGACGGAUCAGACCUGGCCAGGAGGUCAAAUUUGGAAGGUCAGCAGACAAAGAAGAAAUCGAGGAGUACUUCCCCAACUGGCUCCACGCUAUCAUCAUAGUUCUGUCUGCAACAGACCCUCGUCUACAAGACGGUCACACUCAUCGGAACAACUUGAAGAUUGUCCGUGACUUCAUGCGUCGAAGAGUGGUCACGGUCAUCACUCAUCACGACAGGAUCCACGAAAGUCAAGAGGAAGACAUCUUGGCAAAAGCGUCCGCGGCAACCGGUAGUGCCCUUGACCACAUCGUCUUCGUCGCCAACUAUCACAUAGAUAAGAAGGAAACAGAUUACAAUACCGAAAUGGGCGCCUUGGAAGUGAUGAAGUCUGCACUGCAUGUUGCGGAACGCUACGUCAAAAUGCACAAGUUACAAGAACUAGCGGACAGGGAGGAUGAGACUAUAGGGGAUAAUGCUGAGACGGCAUGUGGGGAAGACCAGUGA